AUGCACUACUAUACAGACUCUCCUGAAUUAUACAGAAUCGAUACAAACAAUGGGAACUCAUCAGCUGCCGAAAAUUCACACAUCUGCGAGAACACCAAUAGAAGAUUUGAUGUAAUUGAAAACACCCUGUACCACCUUAAUCAAAGGCUCCGAAAGAUGGAAAAACCCUCUUGCUUGGCCAGAUUGUGGAACUCAAGAUGGUGCAAAAUCUUUGUAAUAGCGAUGUGUAUUGCGAAUUUUAUACUUUUAAGCCUUGUUGUAGCUAGCAUAUACAAAAAAGUGGGCAUUUUUGAAAUUCUAGGCAUAAACACGAUAGAAGGCGAAAAACUAAACAGUACAGCCAUUCCAUCCACAAGUGAGUGGAAUAUGGAUGCGACAACUACCGAUGCUUCAUUCAUGGAUGCGGCAACUACCGAUGUUUCAUUCAUGGAUGCGGCAACUGCGGAUGCUUCAUUUGAGAAUGCGGCAAAUUCAGGUUUUCCCAGAACCUUGGAUGAUCUUGAACAGUCUUAG